GACAGAUAUGUUAGGACGACUGGCUGGUUCACAGUCAGGAGAGCAGGAAAUAGCUGGAUAUGCUGGACUUGACGGCAGAAGUACAUGAUCGGGAUUGUGGACUCGAUUUGGAUCUUGUGCCCAGUUUACCCACAGAGAGGCUCUGCUGCUUCAAGGAAACAUCAUUUUGAUAGUAAUUUCAUGUUCCAUUCUAAUUAAGCUGAAAGGUUUAAUUCAAGUGGAAACCGCCUGUCACAGAGAUGACUGGAGUCCGAUAUACUGUACUGAUCAUUGCUUCAUUUCUGGUGGUAUGUGAAAGUGAGCGAAGUGGGCCAGAAGGAGUGGAGGAGUCACAGGGGUCCAAAUCCGUAGGAACGUCCAGACUGAUGCAUCUAACAUCUCACUUGGCCCUUCAGCUGAUUAAUGACUCACUGGAAUAUUCUAGGGCUGAAAGCUUCUGCAGAAGCCAGUUCAGCUCCCUUGCCACUCUUGAAAGCUCUGAAGAACAAGAAGGGGUUCUGCAGCUCCUUCAGCAGUAUGGAGUUCGCUCACCCAUCUGGCUCAGGAACCCUACCAAAGCAGCUUCCAAGUCUCUUGCCUUCGCCAGGCAGUAUGUACAAGUCAAGGCUCUAAACUUUCCAAAGGAGUCACGUGAGGGUUUUGUUCGUGUUAACAUGACCUUCCCUGCCCUGUCAUCUGUUAGUGUGUGCGUUUGGGUUCAGUGGGACCCAGACUGGAUUGAAGUAUCCACUAUCUUCUCCUAUGCGGCGCCUGUCUUUACCAAUGAGUUCCAGCUGCGCGGCCAAGUGGACAUGCAAAGACGCAUCCUCCUUGCGCUCAUCAUCCAUGGGAAACACCUGCCAUAUAAAGCAUCGUUUGUUAAUGAUGGAGGAUGGCAUCACAUCUGUGUCACAUGGCACCGUAGCAGUAGCCAAUGGGCUAUUUAUGUAGACGGCGAGAGGAAGGACACGGGUUCAGGCACGGACACUUCAGAGGACAUCCACGGAGAUGGGAUACUCAUUCUGGGUCAGGAUCAGGACUCCUUUGGAGGAAAUUUUACAGAGCCCUUUGUUGGAAAUAUCACUGACCUGAAUGUUUGGAAUAUGUCUUUGGAAAUGAAACAUGUCAACGCCCUCAAUUCUUGUUCACCAAUGGCGCCGGAGGCACUUUUCACCUGGAACCUAGACAACCUCUUCAGUCACCCUGCGGUAAGAGAAGUGAAGGCCCUUCUGCUUUGCCCAGCAGGUCACCAGUGGAGGGAGCUACAGCGCUGUAGAAGGCUGCAGAGCUGGUCAGACGAGCUCCCACUCCUUGACUUCACAGACUGCUCUGAUGUCCUGCCAUUCAUCUGCAAGAGCAGCAAAGAGAGUUACUUAAAGAUAAAGCAGAUGAGUGAUUCUCAGAGCUCUCAGCCCACUACCUUCAUGAAUCACCUGAUGAAGCUCUCAAACCAAACCCAGGUUUUGGAACAGCCACUUCUGAACCAGCAGCUGUCAAGGGUCCACAACAUAUCCCAGGUGUCUGCACUGCUAGACAUCUCAGUCCAGGCCCUGGAGGACACCCAGCAAGACGGACUGCAGCCAGUGGACAUGGUGUCCCUCAUCCAGUUGUUGUCUUUGGCUGCAGACAUUCCCUCACAACCGUUCUCUGAUGCUACCAACUACAGCCAGGAGAGCAUCCAGAAACUGACCCAGCACUUUGUCAGGGUGGCUGACAGCAUCAUCAAUGAAGACAACACCAACAAGUGGCAGGCCAUCAGAGAGGUGGUGAAUGGCCCGAUGGAUGUGAUUAAUUGUAUUGACCGCAUGGUGACAAGCCUGAGUCCUCAACUAAUGACGGAAACCAAUCACCUACUCAUUCAUCGUCCCAAUAUCAAACUGGAGGUGCAGAGACUACAGAAAAAUGCCGGCGCCUCAACCUUUUGUGGACCCGAGACAGAGACAAACAUGCAUCUAGACUGUAUAUCUGUGCCACAUCAGAAUAUGCAGGAUCUUCAUAACAAAGGCAUGCAGAGGAUGACCCUGGUCAACACGUGGUAUGGCUCUCUGCGGCCUCUUUUCAAUCCAGAGGAGAAUAUCACUAUGGUUCCUAUGGUCACUGACGGCAGCCAGAGGUAUCUGGGCACGGUCCUGGGUUCUUCUGUCAUCUCCACCACUGUGCUUGGAGAUGACCAGCCUGUUAGCAUGGCCGUGCACUUCCAGCUCCAGCACACAGUCCAGAAUCCCACUGGCACUGUGUAUGACCCUGUGUGUGCCUUCUGGGAUUUUGAUGUCAUCCCAGAGGCUGGUGGGUGGUGGAAUACCAAAGGCUGUGAAGUAGUGUCCAAACAAUACGGAUACACUGUAUGCUACUGUAACCAUACCACCAAUUUUGCAUUGCUUCUGCAGGUUUAUGAAGUCCAGAGGAGCCCAGAGAACGAAAAAGCUCUGCAGGUGCUGACAUUUAUCGGCUGUGGAGUGUCUCUAUGUGGCCUCCUCUUCACCUUUGUCCUCUUCAUUGCUGUAGGUGUACCUAAGUCGGACCGUACCACCGUCCAUAAAAACCUGAUUGUUGCUCUGGGUGUUGCUGAGCUUCUGUUGAUGUGCAGCGACUGGGCAUCAGACAAUGAAGCAGCAUGCUUUGUCGUGACUGCACUGCUCCAUCUCUUCUUCAUGGCUUCCUUCUCGUGGAUGCUGGUGGAGGGUGUUCUGCUCUGGAGCAAAGUUGUGUCCGUCAACAUCAGUGAAGACAGCAGGAUGAAGCUCUAUUACGUCAUCGGAUGGGGACUACCUGUGCUCAUAGUUGGAGUUACAUUGGCGGUGUCAGUGGAAAACUACAGGGCAGAUGAUCAGUGUUGGCUCAGUGUGACCACUGACACUAUUUGGGCCUUUGUGGGACCUGUUAUAUUUAUCUUGGCGGUCAAUGCAGUUGUGCUGUGUCGGGUUGUCAUGGUUACAGUUUCCAGUGCUCAACGUCGUGCAAAGAUGCUCAGUCCAAGUUCAGCGUCGAAGAUUCAGACCUUUGACCUUACCUGGGCUGUAACUCGUCCCGUUCUCAUCCUGCUGCCAGUGCUGGGUCUGACCUGGUUGUGUGGGGUGUUGGUCCAUCUGUCUGUUGUAGUCGCUUAUCUCUUCAUUGCUCUUAACGCGUUCCAGGGCCUUUACAUCUUUUUAGUUUAUGCUGUUUACAACAGUGAGGUGCGGAAUGCCAUAAAGAGGAUCAAAGAAAAGAGAAAGGCCUUAUCCUUCAUGAACUGUUCCCAGCCAACGAGAUUCCUGCCUUCACAGAGAGCUCCAGCUACUUCCUGGGGUCGCAGUCCACCGACCCCCUCCAGCCCUGAAACCAGUGAGACCUAUGGCCCCGUCAGCUCCACCUCCACUUCACUGGUCAUCAAGAAUGAGAGUUUCAGAAAGGAAAGCUUUGUGAGUUUCUCACUGAAACCAGCAUCAGGAGAGCAGGUGGUGCAGCUGACUGGGUUCAGACCUUCAGGUUGUUGAACUGCAAAUGGAGUGGACCUUACAGUCAACAUAUUCCAACACACACACGCACACAGCCUCGCUGAAAAACGAUGGUGCAGCCACUCUGAAGACAUGGGCUCCACCAUUUUAUUCUCAGACCAGAUAAAUAGUCUUUCAGCAAACCAGUGUACAACUGUUAAAUUGUUGGCUCAGAGUAGGAUCUGACCCUAGCUUACUGCGUCGCUAAGUAUUAACACCAAGACAUUAACACCUUCAGUGCUGUUACUUGUCUUGAGUUCAGGGAAAUAGCAUUGUUUCCUUCUUAGUAUGUAUUAUUUUAUCAAGACAUUUUAUUUUCCCCAAUAUCUUGCCUGCACAAAACACUAUUACAGCAGCGAAGCCUUGUCCUUAGGGUGUGUUUUGUGUUUUGUCAAAGCUUCACAAUCAGGCUGUUUGGGUCGAAGUACAUGCUCAUUGAUGGUGUCACCAACAAGGGCUACAUGCAUCGAGACCCAAUCAUCAUUUAUUUUGAAAUUCCACUUCUCUCAUAAUUUUGCAGUUGCCACGUUUACUUUUUCCUCAAAGACUAUAGACGUUAAUAAAGCCUUUGAGCAAGUG